AUGUGCAUUUCCACAUUGCACAAAGAAAUAAAAAGCGAGGCUAACGAGUGGUUAGGUUCAUCGAAUGCACUUGAGAGACAGUUUGAUCCAAUUUAUUUCAUGGAAGGGCCGCAUAAGAAGGCUUCGCAUAUUCACAACUUUCGAGGAAGCUGCGUAUCUAAACACGAUGUUGAUGUUGCUACUGAUAUCACUAGUACUAGCAAUGAUCAUGCAGAAGGAUCAGAUAAGGGGCACUCAUUUAAUGAUGCCCUGCGUGUUCUGGAAUCAAGGAUCAGUAAGAAAAAGAGGCCCAUUCAAAACAGUUGUGCAACCACCAAUCGGUUGUUGGAUCGACUUAACAUGAGACCUAUUCUGAAAAGGAUGCGUUUCGUCCAUAUCGCAGGUACUAAAGGCAAAGGUACAACCGCCGCCUACACAUCUGCACUUUUACAGGCCUAUGGUAUUAAGGUUGGACUCUUCACAUCACCUCAUCUAAUAGAUGUUCGUGAACGUAUCUUAGUCGACAACUUGAUGCUUCCUCAACAUACAUUUGCUCGUUACCUUUUCGAACUUCAUGAACGACUUGAGGCGCUAAAGUAUUCGGAACGUGAUGUGGAUAGAGAUGACGCCUCGAAUGUCACUUAUUUCAGUUUUAUGUUCUUGUUGUCCUUACACAUCUUCGCUGCUGAGCAUGUCGAAGUAGCAGUUAUUGAAGUUGGAAUCGGUGGGCGCAAGGACGCCACUAACGUGAUUCCUUCAGAGGUGAGUGUUAUCACAGCGCUCGGCUACGACCACAUGGAGCUCCUUGGAAACACCAUUCAGUUGAUUGCGCACGAGAAGGCGGCUAUCAUGAGACCUAACGUGGUGUGUUUUGCUUCACCACAGCGGGACCACCCUGAGGUAUGUAGCGAGCUCGAGAGCGUGGCGAAGGCUACUCAGACUCCGUUCAUGUUUCUGAACGAUUCAAUUUUUCCCAUAAAGAACUGGCCGCGAUUAGCCAUCGGUGGUUAUCACGCAAUCGAAGACAGCAAGCUAGCCUUCAUGGCGGCACGACAAAUCGCCGGGAUACCACCUGUACUGCCUCUAGAUGAAAUGGAGAAGGCGGUUCUCCGUCACAUGAAAUUCUCAGGUCGAUCGCACAUUAUCCCUUUUGGCGACGGCACAGACUGUGUUUUCUACCUGGAUGGCGCACACACGGUCGAGAGUCUUGAACAUGCUACUAGGUGGUUCCUGGAAGUUAGUUCUACUUCCCCCAGCGACGCACGGACAGUUGAAAAGGACUAUGUGAGUGAAGAGUCUCGACGAGUUUUGUUGUUUUUCACCCUACGCAACCCGCGCCGGAUACUCAAAUCGUUUAUGCCAUUUGUUUCGAAAUUUUGUAAAACAAUCAUUGCGCAAGUGCCCAUCAUGAAACCAGAGUCAUUGGACGUAGCCACUCGAAUUAAAUUAUCGAAGGACAUAGAUUAUUUUAAUCAUGACGGUAAUCGCAUCAAUCAAGACUUUUCACAAAUUCUUCAUGAAAGGCUUGUGACAACGACAGAGUCUUGGCGGGAGCUCUACCGAGAGGUUCCCUGUUUACCCUGCGCUCAACCCUUCUGCUCUAUCAAUGAUGUUCUUAACUUGGUUCUUCCAGCAGCUAGCGAUGGCGAAGACAUCUCAAAGCCGGCCCAGGUGUUUGUGUGUGGAUCGCUUUACAUUGUGGGUAAUGUGCUCCAAUUGAUGAAAAAACAUACCGUGGAGAAGCAUCGCAUGUCGAAAAGUACUCCCCCCCGUACAUGCACUUAA